AUGGCAACAGUAUGGGCCCAAAAAGAGUUCACCCUUUCGCGCCGUGAAAAGGGAGUGUACCUCAUCACCAAUGAGGUUCUUCAACAGAUUAACAAGGACUUAUCGCAAGUACAGAUCGGUACUGUCAAUUUGUUUGUCAAACAUACUAGUGCUGGUAUCACUUUGAAUGAAAACUUCGAUCCUGAUGUCCGUACCGAUAUGAACAAUGUUUUGGAUCAUAUCGUCCCAUAUAACCAGCCAUAUUACCUUCAUGUCGACGAAGGCCCAGAUGAUUUGCCAGGUCAUAUCAAGACCUCUUUGAUCGGUCCUUCCGUGACUAUUCCAAUUAAAAAUGGCCAUCUUAAUGUCGGUACUUGGCAAGGGAUUUAUUUGUGCGAGUUCAGAGAAUAUAUGCACAGCAGAACCAUUGUGGCUACCAUCACUGGGCAGAAGAAGUGA